AUGUUCUUGAUUUGCAAUGCUAUACUCGCCUUUCUCGCCAAGAAUUCAAAAUUCAGCUCCUCGUUCGGCUUCAACCACGGCGAGGCCAUGAAGACGGUUGAAGAUGGUUUGAAGCAAAUUACGGAAAUGUCCCUCGUUCUAGUAGAGUCGGCGGCCGCCAAUGAAGAUGUCAUGGGAGUCGUCGACGAAGAAGCAGAGCAGAUGACACAACAAGACGAAGAAGAUGAUGCUAAUGAUGAGAAUACAGCUGGCAUUAUUAUUUCAGAAAACCUCGAUGAUCAUGAUGAUGAUGAUGGAGUUGUGCACAGGAAAUCAACAAUGGAGGAUGUGAAUGAUGCGAGCGUAAGUACAGAGGAGCUGAACAAGAAGUUUGAAGAAUUUAUUAGGAAAAUGAAAGAAGAAAUUAGGAUUGAGUUCCAGCAACCACUCAUAACUGUGUAA